AUGAGGAACUACACUUUGAUUACGAGAGUUGGCAAAAUCCGAGGACCGUAUGUUUACGAAGUGACCACAUCCAAACAAAAUAUCGAACUUUACGAUGAUGAAAUAUCGUACCUCGAGAAUAAAUCUUAUAAGUUUAGGCAAGAUUUAUCUAAUGGCUUGAACGAGAACGACACUGUUACCAUUGUGAAUUUCCCUACAAUGGUACACGUUAAAUUCCAUUGGGCUAGGGCUGGGGUGGGGGUAUUGCGUUUAACGAUGGGUAAAACAUUAUUGGAGCCCAAAUGGACGAUAAACAAUGGCAAAUAUAGUGCAGACGACAUAGGGCAGAUUACACACUUCCAAGAUCAAACAUUUUUAACAAAUGUGAAAAUGCACGAUGAACCAACCACAAAAGUUUGGAUGAACGAUACUCACGCCCAUCACUGUAAUAAAUUAAGGGGAACUGACGGUCAGUUUUUCAAACCAAAUUUGGAAAAGGGAGACACUAUUUAUACGUUUGAACCGCAACUUUGCAGAUCUGUAUUCUAUCGUUACUGGAAGGAGAGUGUCGUGAAAGGCAUCGACACUUAUAGGUUUCGAGUGCCGCCCGAAUACUUUCACAGUCCGCUCGUUAACAGCGAUAACGCGUGUUAUUGUAACCGAAACAUCGCUCUAUGCGACCGAAACGGUGUGACAGACAUAUCGCACUGUCAGUACCAAACACUCGGCGCACCCCUUAUAAUGUCGGACCCCUAUUGGAAUAAUGGCGACCGCAGUCUUCGCCAACAAUUUAAGUCAGAGCUAAAGCCACGCAACGAAUUGAAUGAUGAGAAUUAUGGCAUUUAUCUCGAUAUUGAACCGCCAGAUUCAAAUUCACAAUGUGCCAUGAAUAGGUGGCGCAACGGUCGGCGAAAAGACUUAGGUGACACUUGGCUUUACUACUCCAACUUACUAAUAAUAACAGGAAAAACUUUACAAAUGCAUAAAAGAAUGCAAAUGAGUAUUAGAAUGAGUGGUAGAGAUGAAGAGGCGUUCAAAUUAUACUAUCCACAAUUAGCCAAUACGGAUAAAUCAAUUGAAUAUAUUGUUCCCGUGUAUUGGCUUGAAGAGGUGCACUAA